AUGUCGUGCGGCAAGGAUCUCUUGCUGUUGGUCUGGGUCCACGGAUUCAAAGGCAAUGAAGUGACUUUCGAAUCGUUCCCUGAUCGCAUAAAACAUCUUCUCGAGACGACUCACCCAUCUCUCAAGAUCGUGUCAAAGGUUUUUCCAGCCUAUCAAACACGGGGAGAGCUGAAUGCCGCAACGCUGGCCUUUGUAGAUUGGUUGACUUCACUCGUCGUGGAGUUGGAAAAUGAUCAUGGAGCUGGUGGAGGAGCGGGCAAAGCACGAAUCGUGCUAAUGGGCCAUUCUAUGGGAGGACUCUUGAUUGCCGAUGCUGCGCGGGAUAUCGUGGCUAAUACUAGACCUGGAGCGCCGCUGUGGCCUCAAAUUAUCGGCGUGAUGGCAUUUGAUACACCGUAUCUUGGCCUGCAUCCUCAUACAUUUAAACAUGGAUUGUCAACCGCCGCCGGGUACUAUGAGCAAGCCAAAAACAUAGCCUCCGCGGCCGGGAUGCUAUCCCCAUUGGCGAUUGGUCUUGGAGUUGGGAAGUGGGGAAAGAGGGAAGAUUCGACCGAGACAGGUCCGACUAGAGCACAAACAUCUGCCGGGACGUCCAAGACGACGAGUACAGAUACCUCUAUCCCGCAAUCUGCAUCUAGCACCGAGCCCACAAAGUCGAGCAAUUGGACGAUUCCUCGGAUACCGACGCCAUCCACAAAAGCGCUUUAUGGACUCGGUGCGGUCGCUCUCGGCGCUGCGGCUGCUGGCACGGCUUACUAUCGACGAGAAGACUUUUUGACCGGUUGGAAGUGGGGAUACGAGCACAUGACAUUUGUGAAGAAUCUGUGGGAUGGUGAAGCCAUGACAAAGCGGUUGGAUGAUCUAUAUAAUCUGGACACGGAGCACGGCGUGCGGUUCUGGAACUUCUACACAUAUCUUCCCGCUUCUCAACCGAAGCACUUGACAUCCCGAACAUUUAUCAUUCUUCCGUCCACCUCUCAUCCCCUCUAUCCUCGCUUUAGACCAGCUUCUAAUUCGCUCGCUUCGGACGAAGUCUCUGCCCAUAUGGGCAUGUUCAACGCAAAGACCAACGAUGGAUUCUAUGAUCUAGGUUUGGAAGUAAUGAGAGGAAUGGGGGAACGCGUGGAGGAGGCCGGAGUGGGUACCAAGACACACACGGCGUGUUGGGGCGUCUCGGAAGAGCUGGAGGAGGCUUUGACAAAAGAGUAUCCUUCUGAAAAGGAUGCGCUCGGCAAUGGCUGGAGAGUGGAGGAUCAAGAUGGAAAGGUUGUCUGGGUAGAUGAGUAG